AUGGAAAACGUUAAAAUAAAUGAAAAUGAAAGCAUUGAAUAUGAUGAAAAAAAUAAAUUAGCCACUUAUGAACACAAUGACAUAGUAUUUUUUAAGCACAAAGAAAAAAACAAAAUCGGAAUUGGAAGAAUAGUUAAUUUUUACACAGAACUUAAACUAAAUGAUAUAUUCUUAUCGUCUGAACACAAGGUGAGUUUGGCAAACUAUACAAAAAUUUUGAAUAAUCUAAGCGAUGGAAAAUAUGUUCAAAAUUAUAUCGAUAAUUUAAGGAACCAAAAUACAACCAUUACCUCAAAACAAGUAUCUAACACAAAUACAAAUGACACAAAAAGUAAUUGCAAUCUUUACGAAAAGGAGGAAGAAAAACAAAGUUAUAACUAUUUUAACAUAAACGAAAAAGAUAAAGAAAGCGAAAUUCAUGUUAGUACAAAAACGGAAAUUAAUAAAACUACAAACCCUGAAUUCAAACAUGGAAUAAAAAUAAGACACAGGAAAAAAAAAGACUAUUCGAAUGAUAGUUCUCUUUUACGUAGUAAUAGCAUAAGCAGCUGUGUAACACGUAAAAAUGAUGAGAAAAGAAAAUCAAGUAAAAUGUUUUAUAUAGUUCAAUCAUUUGAAAGUUAUAAAUACAUUUUACAAUAUAAAAAAGUUUUUAAACAUUAUAAAAUUUUUAUUCAUAAAAAAUGGGAAAUUAUCAAAUCUAGCUUUUGCAAAAGUAUACAAAAUAAAGUGUGUUUUGUACUAGCCAUGAAAUUAUUUGAAGUAAAAAAGUUAUACCCGAACAAUACAAAUUUACAAAAUAUUAUGAUAAAUAAUUUAAUGAAAAUUUAUAAAAGUGAAAGAGAUCUCCACAUAGAUCAUCUCGUUCUAAAUUUUAUUAAAAAAAUAGAUGUCAGAAUUAUAUUACAAAAUAGUGUACUCAUAACGAACGAUGAUUUUAAUGAAAUUAUCUCCAAAGACAAAAAGGAAAAAGAAGAAGACACACAAAGCAAGUACCCAUAUACAAACACACUAGACUCGCAUAACGAUGACUCAGAAAAAAUCGAACAAGAGGGAAUAUUGCAAUCAUGGUCGUUACAAAAAAAAAGUUUCACACCUAAUAAACUAAAACAUUAUUAUCACAACUACAAUGAAACAUCUGAUCAAAAAAUUAAUGAACAGAGCGAUCAGAGUAGUAUCAUCCAUGACAGUAUUGCAGAUAAUUACAAUAAAUUCCACAUUGAUUAUGGAAAGAAACAUCCAAUAAAUUACUUUCAACACGAUAAUGAACAAGGGAACGAUUCUGAAAUGUUGAAAAGGAAUAACAAUAGUAUCCAAGAGUGCGUAAAGAGAAGAAAAGUAAUAGAAGGAGAAACUUUUCAGUACGAAUUAAAAGGAAACUUAUUGGCCAAAUUUAAGUCUCCUAAAGGUGUUUUAUAUAGAAGAUGUAUUAAAAGCAUUUACAAAAACAAAAAUAAUAUUCUGUCAUACUUCUUAAUAACGCCCUCUUUUUUUUGGUUUAAUGAUUCCUAUUAUUUUUCAUGUUUAAAUAUCGAUAUGGAUAUUUUUGAACUCUUGGAAAUUAUUAAAAUUAUAGAUGACUCCAAAAAAGAACAAAUAGAAAAUAUAUCUUUUGAGAAAUAUAAAAGUUUGAGAAAAAUUUACAACUGUACAUCUAACCCUAAUAUUAAUGAAACGAAUAAUUUGCUACGAAAAAAUUCUGCAGAAAAUAAUGUCCCCAUUAAAAUUGAGGUUCCAACUUCGAAGAGAGGUAGGAAAAAAAAAAAUAGAAAAGAACGAAAAAGGAAUAACUUACAAGCGAAGAUACAAAAAAGAAAUGAAAAUGAACUUAGUGAAGACGAUAAUUUAAAGCCCAAUGGUAGCAGGGAAAAAAUACGAAGGAGAAUGAAAAAAAGAAAAAGGGGACAAGAAGAAUCCUUUCUGGAUAGCAAGUCAGCCAAAGAUGAAAAAAUUAAGAGGAGAAAAAAAUUAGUAGAAAAACAAGAAGUAAAAGAAAAAAAACGUAGAGGUAGGAAGAAAAAAGUAGUGUCACUUCAAAAUGGGGAAAAUACACAGGAACAUAAAGAGACAGAAAAUAUCGAAGAAAUAAAAGAACUUACGGAGCUUAAAAAUAUGGAGGAACAUAAGGAAGCAGAAAAUAUCGAAGAUACAAAAGAACAUACGGAACCAAAAAAUAUGGAAAAACAUGAAGAGGCAGGAAAUACCGAAGAAACAAAAGAAUACAGAGAAUCCCAAAAUGUGCAAGAAGGUGUAACGCAAAAAGAAAACGAAAUGGAGAUACACGACGAAUGCAAAAGUAAAAUACUUGCUAUAAACGAAACUAAAGCACAGAAUAGCGAAUUCGACAGUAAAGGAGAAAAAAAUUCCUUUUUCAAAGAGAAGAAUUCAUUACAGAACAACCUAACUAAAAUGAUUCAAGAAUCAUCAAAAAAGUCUCUAUUCAAUAUAAGUAAGGAAAAAACGAAUACAUACAUUACAAAAAUCACACAUUUUUUUAAACUUUCAGAAAACAAAAAACAGAAAUUAAAUCUUCACAAUGAAGAGGAUGAAAAAGGAAUAUUAUCUCAAACCAGUAUAAACGAAAGUACAUAUAGUAAUGCCAGUAUCGUGGAUGAUAAAAAGGAGACAACGAUUAUAACCAAAUCAAAUAGAGACGAAUUUAAUAUGAACAUACAUGAAAAUGUGAAUCAAGGGAAAGAAUGUAUGAGCCCCAAAAAAGAAGAUUCAGAUUAUAGUAAACUUAACGAAAAUGACAAUCAAGGAUAUACAAAUAUAGCUGAAGUUAAAGAAAACCCUGAUAACAAAAGUGAAAAUCCAAAAGUAGAAGAUGUAAAUGUUCGUGUUGAAUGGAAAUGCACAAAUAAGAUAAAGAAAUGCAUAAACAGUAAUGAGAAUAUACUUACCAGUAAAUUAAUUGUAAAUGAUAGAGAGUUAGAUGUAUACAUUCUAGACGAUGAUCCCCUCGUGAAUAAAGAAAACACAGAGGGGAUGCAUCUGUGUGCAAAUUAUAAAGAGGAAAAAAACGUAAAUGAAACAUGUGUGGUUAUAAACGAUCAGACGAAACAUGUGACAGAUAAUAAGAAUGGCAAUAAUAACAACAAUAAUAACAGCAAUAGUAAUAGCAAUAAUAAUAAUAAUAUCUGUAAUAAAUGUGUCAAUACAGCUAUUAAAGAAAAAGUUAUAAUUGAUUCCCCCAAACACGUGGAAGAUAAAGUAGAACUUGCAUGUAAAGAAGCGAACGAAAUGAAUAUUAAAAAUGAAGAUUUUUUAGAAAAAAAAAAAUUGAGCGGUGAGAAUGUAAAUAUCCAUGUACAUUCCAUAAGUGAUAAAAACAAUUUCUUGAGUGUAAAAAAGGAGGUAACUAAUGAAGACAAUGGUAGCUAUCAAAACGAUUCCACAACUAGCCAAAAUUCAUAUGAAAAAAAGGAAACAGUUAAUGGAUAUAAUGGUAGCGAUCAAAACGAAUCCACAACUAGCCAAAAUUCUUACGAAAAAAAGGAAACAUUGAAUAGCGAAAAUAUAAGCGAUAAGAACGAGUUCACUAUUAGCCCAUAUUAUGAUGAAAAUAAUGAAACCUUAAACAGUUUUAUAGCUAGUGAACAGAAUGAAACCGACAAACUGGAGAAUAGAAACCAAAGUAAUGCCAACAAUAAAAAUGUCUUCGUGAAAACAGAACUUAUUGAAAAAGGAGAAUAUAAUUUCACAGUUCACAUAAAUCUCACGAACAAAAAUGAUACUUCUAAUAUAUUUGACACAACACAAGAGAAUAGUAACAACUAUUGUAAAAACGAAAUCUCUGAACAUAUUAAAGAAUGCCUAGACGAUGAAAAAAUUAAAAAAAUAGAAUCCUUGUACAAAUAUUGUAAAGAAGAUAUUAACAUACUGUUAUACAUUUAUGUUAUGCAAAUAUAUGUUAAUAAAUUAUGCAAAAAUGUAAUUGUGAAAGUACUAAGUCCAAAGUGUAAAAAUGUACGAAAAAAAAAAUAUCCAGAUAAUGAUUUUAUUUUAACCCCCUUAAUAGGAUAUUCUUAUGCAAACUAUUACUAUUUAAAAUUAAAUAAAAGGAAUAGCAAAAUAAAAACAGAGAGUACAGAUGAGAGGAAUUUUAAAUUAAUAAACAAUACCUUGAUAACGAAGAAAAGAAGAAAAAGAAAAAAAAAACGAGGUCGAAAAAAAAAAUUAAUAAUACAAAAUAAGCCAGGUAGAAAAAGAAAAAAUAUAUAUAAAAAUAAAAAUGAUCUUUUAAGUGCUACCUAUAGAAAAUCAAAAAGGUCUAGGUUAAUAAAAAUUUCAACAAUAAAGAAUUCAGGUGACACAUCAUCUGAGAAAGCGGAAAAUAUUGUAAAGUGUACAACGAAAUAUAUUAAUUUUUAUUUAUGGGGUAUAUAUAAUUGGAACUAUAACAAAACAUUACGUGUUUCUUUCAACAAUAUUUCAAAUAAAAAAAUAAGUAACUUUGAUAUUUACAAUUUCUUUUUUUAUAAUUAUGACACCAUCUCCAACUUAAAUGAAAUAAAUAAGGACCUAAGCACAUUAAUAAAUAUAUACAAAAAUGUUAGAACUAUUUUAUAUCAAAAUUCGUCUAUAUAUGGAAAUUUAUUCUUAUUGAAACCUAUGAAUAAUAUGACAAGAACUCAUUCGGAUGAAGAGCUAAUAAAAUUCUGGUUAAAAACACUUAAUGAGUUGAGUACAAUCAGGGAGGGCUUUUGUAAAUUCUUUUAA